CACUUUGACGGUAACUUACUUGAAUAGCCGUCUGCUUUGAAAGUUGAUUAUUAUGAAAGUACAUUUGGUUAUGUAAUGUUAAGGACUUAAAUUAAGGUUGAAAAUUCAAGCAGAAGCCUCAGAUUGUAAACAAAUGGAAAUUGAAGAGAUAAGGUUUCAACUUCUGCCAGUUUUCCCAAAAAGUAUAUGUAAUUGUCUUUCUUGUUCUCAACUGAUGAAUGCUGAGAAUGAAAUAUUGAAGUAAUAUUUCCAGAUUAAUAGCCAUGUCUUCUCGCAUACUAUGGCUUUUCUUGAAAAACUAUUGCAAAAGAACAUGUUUUCCCACCAGACAUUUAGGAACCAUUUCUGCAUCAAAUGUUCAGUGUGCAUCAUCCUAUGCUGUUCAUGAUUCAAAAAAAUCAAGUUCAUCAGAAAGUGAAAGUGCAAUUUAUAUUUCAAGAUAUUUGCAACCAUUAAUGCACCAUCCUAUAGACAAGAUUUUGGCACAGGUCGAUAAAAAUUCAACUACGGCUGCUGAGACUGUUGCUAUUUUGAAAGCUCUAAGGAUGAAUGUGUUGUUUAAAGGAGUAAACACAGCUGUUUUCAAAACUGAUAAAAAGUACAAAAUUUUGUGUGAAAUCUUUGAAAAGAAUUGCCACAGGAUAGAUCCCAAUCUUCUCAUUUCUGGUCUUCGCAGUCUUUUAGAAAUUGGUGAACUUUCAACUGCACCUUGGGUUGUAAAAGCUGAAGCAAAUAUAAUUGAUAACAUUAGUUCCUUAACAGUUUUCAAUUUAAUUGGGUGUCUUUAUUACCACCGUAAAUACACAGAGACAAGCUUACAGAAGAACCUUAUUUCAUUACUCACUAAAGAAAUACAUGAGAGAAUAAAUGAAGUUUAUUCUAACUCUGAAAUCUUAAUGUUAGUUCAUGUUGUCAGUGUGUUUGAAGAAGAAAGCAGGAAGAGAUUAGAGCAAAAAAUAACUGAAUUGAUACCUAUCCUCAGUAUUGAUGAAAUAUGCAAGAUUUUUACAAUACUAGCUGAAAAUUCAAACAGAAAUACAGUUAUUUUAAAUGCUGCUUCAUUUUAUUUAAGACAAAGAGAAGAAACUCUUGAAGUAAAAGCUAUAAUAGAUUUGUUAUAUGCUUUUAAAAAAUUAAAUUUUGUAGAUGCAAAAUUGUUGCAAAGUUUGUUAAAUAAUCUUGUCUUGAAAAUACCAUCCAUUCAUCAGCCCAACAUUAUAUCAAGCAUUCUCACAACUUGUGGUUCUUUAAGGUACAAGCAUCAAGCUCUUCUUGAUGCUUGUGGAAAAUGGAUAACAAAUAACAUUGAAACAUGCCGCACAAAGGAAUUAGCUGCGUAUGUUUUAGCUAUCGCAUCUUUAAAUUAUAACACAGCUGAGACCGAAAACUGUUUACGAAGUAUUUUACAAUAUCUAACAUUUGAAAAGGUACAAUCCCCUGAAGUUUGGCUUGAUAUAAUUUGGUCUUUAGCAGUAAUUAACAUUACAGAUAGAAAAAUCCUUCAACACGUUCUUUCUGAAAAAUUUUACAAGCCUCUAAUUGAUGGUUCCGACUUCAAAAUAAAUAACAACAAGCUUAAAUUGAUGAAUUUAAAAACAGUUCUGAAACUUACUUAUCCAGAAUGUGCGUUUGGUUGUAAUUUAUUCUUGGAACCAGUUCAGGUUCUUGAAGCAACAGAAAUUCAAAAUGCUCGAAAACAUGUGAUUAAAGUAUUAAGUAAUUUUGUACCAAAGGAUAAAUACUUAUGUUUCAACUUGAGCACAGAUAUGGGCAUUUUCAUAGAUGCAGAAUUCAUAAUGGACAAAAGAAUGAAACCACUUUCAUUGCUUGAGUAUGGAAUCAAAGCUAAAAGAACAAAUGGAAAAUCGUUGCCUGAAGGCUCAAAUAGGAUUGCUCUUUUAGUAUUUUUUCACAAGGAUUAUACUUUGAGUUCUGUAUCACUUACUGGGAGCAAUGCAUUAACUGUCAAGUUACUCUCGUCUUUGGGUUACAAAAUAGUACAGGUACCAUUCUCAGAAUUUAUAAGCAAUGGUACAGAAGUUAAAAAAGCAAAAUACUUGUUGCAAAAGAUUGAAGAUGCUGUACAGAAAAAGAUGUUUUAAUUUAUAUUUUUACAAGUAUUAAUAAAUUAUUUC